AUGCCCAAGGUGAUAAUCGCGGGCGCGGGCCUGGUCGGCGCCCUGAAUGCCUGCUAUUUCGCGCAGAAGGGCUGGGAAGUGGAUGUUUACGAGUAUAGGCCAGAUAUACGAACGAUGGCGCACGUGCCGGGGCGAAGUAUAAAUUUGGCGCUGUCCGACAGGGGAAAAGCCGCCCUCGAGGGCGUUGGAUUAAAGGAUUAUAUUGUUAAUCAAGGCGUGCCGUUGUAUUCACGAUUGAUACACAACAAGGACGGGAAGACGUUCGAUCGGCAGCCGUAUGGACAGCCUGGGCAGCACAUCGUCUCUAUCAACCGACGUCAUCUCAACGAGGUGAUGAUCUCCUUAGCCGAGCAGUCCCCGAAUGUCCACUUCCACUUUCAACACAAAAUCCGGGCCGUCAACGUCGAGCAGCACGAGGUUACGGUAUUAUGCGACGAGAUCGAGCUCACGAAGCGGGCGGACCUGAUUCUCGGAUGUGAUGGUGCUUAUUCGGCGGUGAGGCGGAGCUUGUCAACGUAUCCAAGAUUUGACUACGCGCAAGAAUACAUCGAACAUGGCUACAUCGAACUCAACAUUUUGCCGAAAAAUAAUGACUUCGCAAUGGAACCUAACGUUUUCCACCUCUGGCCCCGUGGCGCGUUCACGUUGAUUGCACUCGCGAACCGGGACCACACAUUCACCGUGACCAUCUUCGCCCCGUUCCGCCUGUUCGAGGAGAAGAUGUCGACCAACGAGGAUAUAUGCAAAUUUUUCGAGGAGAACUUUCAUGACGCGCUGGAGCUGAUGGGAAGGGAGCACGUCUUGGAGACGUUCAACCGAGUUCGGCCACAGUCGUUGAUAUCCAUAAAAUGCAAACCACACCAUUUUGGCAACUCGGUGCUGCUCACCGGAGAUGCGGCGCACGCGAUGGUGCCCUUCUACGGCCAGGGGAUGAAUUGUGGUUUCGAGGACUGCCUCGUCCUCUCCGAGAUCAUCGACAAAUGCCAGAACGACAUCCCCCGGGCGUUACGAAUGUACUCCGAGACUCGCGUCAAAGACGCGCACAACAUCAUCGACCUGGCCAUGUAUAACUAUGAAGAGUUGAAAGAUCUUGUAAACCAUACCUCCUACAAGUUGCGCAAAAAGUUGGACUUGAUCUUAAAUCGUUGGCUCCCGAGGACCUGGAUUCCGCUAUACUCCAUGGUGACGUUCACCCGGAUACCGUACUCCCAGGUGGUGCAGUAUAGGAAGUGGCAGGAUGAUUUCCUACGCCGUGUCCACACCACUGUAUUCCUGACCCUCCUCGUCGGCGGCUCGACCCUCGGCUAUUUUUUCCUAAAACGAAGAAACAUCUUA